CUCAGAAGUACACUUCAAACAUCGACAAACUACAUCCGGGUGAAAUACGAAUGGUGCAGCGCCGUCGCUAAUCAGCUAACGGUAGGUAAUCGUGGUAUGUGGUUGAUGACACCAACGAAGGACGGCAUGUCAACUCUUAUCGACCGGACGAUGAGGAUGAGGAGGGAGGAGCAGGCACGACAAGUGGUGCUAGCAUGGGCUGUACUCAACGUAUCACUCGCAGGCAUGAUCUACACGGAAAUGUCAGGGAAACUACUAAGCCGCUACUACAACAUAACAUACUGGCCAAUUUGGUACAUUGAACUGGCCCUGGCCUCUCUCUUCAGUCUCAAUGCUCUGUUUGACUUCUGGAAGUACUUUAAAUAUACAAUGGCCCCCUCCACCAUUGCUGUCACCCCCGACCAGCAUCGCCUAUUGGGCCUGGGGAAAUCUGGUAUUCAGGCCUCCCCCCCUCAAAAACCAGAGAAGAAGGAGACUCCGGCCCCCCCUCAGUCAUCCCCCCUCCAGGGCCAGAGUGUGCUUAGUUUCAGCCCCUCACGUCCCGCCAGCACCAGCCCAAAGUUCUCCCCCAGCUGUGUGCAGGGUUAUAGUCCUCCACUGACCAACCCCUCCACCCCAGGCAGUGCUGGAGGACCCUUCUCCCCCUCCCUGGCCUUUGGAAAGGUGGUGAACUACAGCCCCUCCCCUGGCUCAUCCCCCUUCCCCAGCAGCAUCGGGCCAGUAGAGGGCACCAGCCUGAGGGCUCGCUACCGCACCUCCCCCUCCGUCUUCACCUCCCCAGGAGGCAAGGAGGACUACAUGGAGGACCUGAAGCUCCUGGAGAGGUUCCUCCGCUCCGAGGAGGAGAAGAGCCACCGCAGCCAGCUAGGGAGCCCUGAGUCUGCGUCUCCAUCCCACAGCCCAACGUUCUGGAACUAUAGCCGUUCGGUGGGAGACUACGCCCAGAGCCUGAGGAAGUUCCAGUACCAGCCUGCCUGCCGCUCCCUGGCCCCCUCAGCCCACAAAGAUGAAACCGACCUGGGGUCCAAGCAGGCCGCAGAGGAGGUGUGGGCCAGAAUAACCACCAAUCGUCUGGUAGUGGACAGCAUAGACAGCUGGACCGCCAAGCUCAGAAACUGGAUAAAUGACACCAUCCUGGUUCCUCUGGUGAAGGAGAUGGAGUCAGUCAACAGCCAGCUUAGGAGGAUGGGCUGUCCAGAACUACAAAUAGGGGAGGCCAGUAUAAGCAGCCUGAAACAAGCUGCAGUGGUGAAAGCCAGCUCCAUCCCCACCAUGAAUGCCAUUGUGCAGUACCUGGACAUCACGCCCAACCAAGAGUACCUUGUAGAACGAGUUAAAGAGCUGGCCCACAGUGGCUGCAUGAGCUCCUUCCGAUGGAACGGAGGUGAAAACCUGAAGAGCAGGAAGUGGGACACAGACCUCCCUACAGACUGUGCUAUCCUGAUGCAUUUGCUGUGCACAUACCUGGACUCGAGGCUUCCUCCCCAUCCAAAGUACCCUGACGGAAAGACCUUCACCUCCCAGCACUUCACACACACUCCAGACAAACCUGACGUGACGAAUGAGAACCUUUUUUGCGUCCAUCAGAGCAGCAUCAACCCUCCACACUAUCAGCUUAUCUACCAGGGCCAUGUGUACAGUCUGCCCAAGGGCAGGAACAAUCUAUUCCACACGGUUCUUAUGUUCCUCUUUGUCAUCAAAACCAAGGAGGCUGGAAUGCUGGGGAGAGUUAACCUUGGUCUGUCAGGGGUUAACAUCCUGUGGAUAUUUGGAGAUUGAGGAGAGCUCUCUGCUCUUUGGAACGUUUCUCUGCACAGGGAAGUUCUCACUACUUUGACAUUUGUGGAGGUGUCCUCACAAUUGGAAUGUUGUGGCCCAAGGUCAUGAGCCGGGAGCUUCCUAUUGGAUGCUGUUUACAAUGUGUGUUUCAGAGGAUAAAUUAACUCGUUAAUUUACAUCUUGUCAUUACUUAUCUUUGGUGAAACAGCACAAGGCAUUUGUAAACCGUGACCUCAAAUGUAGUGAAUUUUGGGAGUGAUCUAUGAGUUUUUUUUAUAUUGGCUUUAAAAGCAGUACUGUAUUUUAACAUGAAAACCUUUUUUGUAAGGAUUCUAAGAAUGUAUCAGGAUGGCAUAUAUUACAUCAGACAUUUUUUUUAAUCAGAUUUGAGGAUUGAACCCUCUCUGACCCUUUUCUUGUAAAUUAUCAAGGCUUGAAAAUAGCAGUUAUGGUCAGUGCUUGAUAGAUUUGUUAUUGUUUGUUGUUCAGUGGUAGGGCAGUUUUACAUAAACCUUGGAAGCAAUAGAGCUAUAAAGGCACAACAUCAGGACACUAGUUAUAGUGCAUUCAAAUGCACAACUUUUGUUUAUAGCAUCGGGUUCUAGGUACUGCCACUGGCGUGGACAAUAAGUGUCAUCCACAUUUAUAAUAGGACAUUUGGUCCCCAACUUAUGGACUAUAUACAUAGCUGUGUGCAUGCCACAAAUCCUGCUAGAAUACCAAGCUAAUGGAUGGUUGCCUGUGAUAUAGUUUGUGCCAAAGUCAUAUUCUAAUAUGGCCUGCCUAAGAAAAUGCUUAUACUAGCAAUACUUUCUGAAUGUCAUUUUUAAAAGGAUAAAAAAAAAGCUGUGUGUUCUGUUCAUAAUGUCUACAAAGACUUGCUCAUACUGUUGAAACAUAAUUUCUUUGUGCCACUAUGUGUUUAGUCCGAUGUUUUCGAUGGUUUGUAGCAAUGUUAUUUUUAUAGUGUUCAACCUGUAAAUAAAUACACACACCUUGUGUUAAAUUGC